UCUUUUUUUUUUUUUUUUUUUUUUUUGUGGGAUGUUGAUUAAAAUCGCGUUCGAUUGGAAAUGUGGCGAAUUAAACGAUUGAUUCAAUGUUUCUCUAAGUUGUUGGUGACUGUUUGGUUUUUGAUUGUGAUAGAAGGCUUUGUAGGUUGACAACUGAGGCAGAUCUGUUGAUUGUAACUAUACCAUUUUUUUAGUUCUGCCAAUAGUCAAGACUAACAUUAAUAAAAUGAAGAAAAAAUGUAACAUUACCUUGUACUUGUACAACACAAGGAUUUUACAGUCAAAUGUUUUGUGAAUUUCUUAAUACAAAGACAGGCCUGGACAAAGGCUAUUGAGUUCACGCAGAAUUUAGUGUGUAAUUCAUGGAGCACGUGAACACAUGAUCUUUCCACAAAACUAGGUGUUUUAUGAACGUACUUUUUAGAAUUGAUCUAAUAUUACCUGUUGGCAUACAUGCUAUAAAAGGCUUAAUGGUGCACUUGGUUGAAAGCUGAAUUAUUUACCAAGAGGAACAAAGAUCAAUUCCCACUUAAUGCCUUUCUUUUCUCCUUUCUAUAGUAGUGCACCCUUGUUUUAGAAAUUCUUAAUCCGCCUUUGGGUCCGCGUGAACCCAUACCUUACAGGCUAGGUUCCGCGCCACUCAUCCUUAAUGCUACUACUAGUUCUUUUGUUUUUGUUGAUUUGUAAGCUACUCAGGGUUUGACAUGAGAUUUCUGUUCUUUAUUUGGAGUGCUGUUGUCAUCCUCCAACUUAUGUAGUCUCUUAUUGCUAUAGCUUUAAGAGAAUUAAAGUUUUCAUUGACUAAGAAGAUCUAUAUAGGAAAUACCAAUCAGUUGGGAGUAUGUUUUAGUCAUGUUAGUAUGCAUACAUUACGUCCUAUGAUUUCCAGGAGUCUUUUAGCCCUAUCAAAGAUUUUAUGUCAAUAGAAAUUAUGGAGAACUUUUCGUACUUUUUAUUUAAGAGAAACGUGGACUGGUCAGUAACACUUCAUAGCGCCGACCCAACUUGUUUAGGAUUGAGGCAUUGUGGUUGUUGUUGUUGUAAGAUUUUUUGUUGAAUGGAAAAAAAAUUAUAAAUAAAAAAAGAGUCUUCAUUGAUUGGAAAGAGUGGCUACUGUUGUUUUUGAGGAUGCAUUUUUCUUCCCUUUUCUAUUGUUGCUUUUACGGCUUAAUGGGUAUACAUAAGGCCUUACCUCUUUUUUUUGUAACUUAGGCUUUUAUUAACUUUUAGGUAUACCCUGCCUGCAGAGUCAUCUGAUUUUGCGAUUUAAUCUGGAAUGGCUAUGGAAACUACAGCUCUACCUUCUGCCCCUGCUGCACAAGUGAUUGGAAAUGCAUUUGUUGAGCAAUAUUACCAAAUUCAACACCACUCCCCAGAGUUAGUAUACAGAUUUUAUCUCGAUUCAAGUGUCUUAACUCGCCCAGAUUCUAAUGGUGUGAUGACAUCUGUGACAACAAUGAAAAGUAUCAAUGACAUGAUAUGCUCAUUAGGCUACAAGAACUACAAGGCAGAGAUAAAGAGUGCAGAUGCACAACAGUCCUACAAGGAUGGGGUGAUUGUAUUGGUAACUGGAUGCUUAACUGGAAAGGAUAACAUGAGAAAGCGAUUCACCCAGACGUUUUUCCUUGCUCCACAGGACAAAGGGUAUUUUGUUUUGAAUGAUGUUCUUAGGUAUGUAGAAGAAACUGAGACUGAUAAUAGUUCAAAAAUGGUUAAUGGAGUUGAGGAUGUACCGCCCGUGCCUUUGACGCCUGAUCCAGAACCAGUUCAUGUGCUUGAUCCUCCAAAUCACAGACAGCCUAGCUCUCAUGCAGAAGAAAUUCCAAUUGUUGAGGAAGUAGUCCAUGGUUCUUUGGAAGAUGAGAGACUAGUUGGUGAUGAAAGAGAGAUUGUGGUGGGUGCUGAAUCCCAUGUUAAUGAAAAACAUACUUCUGAGAAUGCAGAACCAGCUACUUCAGUUGCCCAAGAAGAUGCUCCUAAGAAAUCUUAUGCAUCGAUUGUAAGUUCUCAAACAAAGAAAGGGCCCACCAAAAUCUAUGUACCCGCUAAUUCAAGAAUGGCUCCUGCAAAAAAACAGCCAGUUAAUUCAGUAGCGCAAGCUGCUGCUCCUGAAUCAUCAGUUCCUACUGCCUCCGGUGGUAAUUUACCUGAAUCUGAAGGUGCUCCGUAUGGAGCUGACGGGCACUCCAUUUAUGUCCGCAAUUUGCCUUUAAAUGUUACUGUUGCUCAACUUGAGGUUGAAUUUAAGAGAUUUGGACCCAUUAAGCAAGGAGGCAUACAAGUUAGAAGUAAUAGGCAACAAGGAUUCUGCUUUGGGUUUGUUGAAUUUGAAGAUUCAAGCUCCAUGAACAGUGCGAUAAAGGCGUCACCUAUUACAGUUGGAGGUUUUCAAGCUGAUGUUGAGAUGAAAAGAACUACAACUAGAGUUGGUAGCGGGAGAGGCCGUUUCCCUCCAGGAAGAGGAGGGUACAGAAAUGACAAUUUCAGGGGCCGUGGAAACUUUACUGGAGGUCGGGGCUAUGGUAGAAACGACUUUGUUGGAGCGCGUGAGUUUUCAGGGCGUGGAAGGAGUCAGGGAGGACGAGGUGGUGAAGGUUACCAACAAGGAAGAGGGACAGGCAGGCGGAGAGGUGGCAUAAGUCAGAUUCCUGAUUCAGCAUAGUUUGGCUGAAGAAGCUUUAGUGGCAAAUUGUGGCUUAGUUUUUUGUUGCCAUUGUGCAGCAGCAGAUCAGUUUAGCUGUGCAGUGAUAGAAAUCUUAACCUUAUCUUCCUUCUAAUCUUUUCGGUUCCUGUAGGCCUUGUUUUUUUCAAGCUUAAGUAGGGAGCAUUUUUUUCUAACAGAUUUUUUGUGUAGGUAAUUUUAUGUUUCAUAGGGUAGAACAAUGUUACUUGAAGAAAUUUAAUGUUCUUUCUAACCACAAAGGAAAAGGUUUUUGUGUAUAA